AUGCCCACGAAAGCUCCUGGGAACACAAAACGACGCACGGCACGCCGUAAGGUCGCUUUGGCCUGUGACUCGUGUCGGGGGAAGAAGAUCCGCUGCGAUGGAAACAAGCCCAUCUGUGGACCUUGCAUGCGACGGUCGUAUCGCAUCGAUCAGUGUGUAUACGAUACGGAAAACGCCCGGAAUGCCAGCAGGGACGAAUAUUUACACACACUACAUCAGCGAAUCAAAGAACUUGAAGAUGCCCGUUCGAAGGACGGCGUUUCCAUCCAGACCCCGACAAAUCCUCAAAGCCAGCUGCUCAGUGAAGCCAACAGGGAGGUCGGAAUGCACGCGGAAGCAGCCGACUUCUCCACAUGUGCUGGCCAAUCCCAUCUGGAGUCCGCGGCGCAGGAUCCGACUCCUAGAAGCUCAGAAGUAGAGGUGCCAGCAGAUAGCAGGCCAGCAGCCACUCCUUGUCCCUGCCACAACAGCCAGUCUGUGUUGACAGGAGAAGCGACUGCGCAGAGCUAUGAAUCGCCGUUAUUCGAUGAGGGUGAAGGUCACGUAACGGGUAUGGGCCAGAUCACAGCACCGGCGGCCGAAGGUCGACGUCGGUCGGCCCGAUUCCAAUUCUAUGGUAGCUCCUCCACUGCCUCAUUCAUGCGAUUUGCCUGGCAAUCUAUGCCUUCGCGGCCGAUUAGCGGUUCGACUGCCCAACCUGUGUACAGUAGGCUCCAGGAUACGUCCACCAAGUACAGGUUUGAUGAUUUUGCCCUGCCGCCGCGGAUGCUAGCGGAUCACCUCUUAAAGUGCUUCUUUGAUAAGGUCUAUAUUUUGUAUCCGUUCUUCCACCGUCCAGCUUUUGAAGCGGCCUAUCGGAAUCUCUGGCGGGCAGAGGACGAGUCUUGUCCACUGACAGACCUGCGUAUUGGAUUAGGAUCCAGCUUUGAAUCUGGUUCUCGAUCAAUUGUGUUUCAUUGUGCCCUGAAUUUGAUGUUUGCCCUGGGCUGUCAUUUUGCAGAUAUUGCCGCUGAGGAAGUCGAGCCUGCCGCGCAUUCUUUCUUCCUCCGCGCGAAGGGUUUUAUCGGACUCGAUUUCCUAGAUAUCAACACGCUCGGCGUCGUUCAGACGUUACUUAUCACGGCGCUAUUCCUACAGAGCUCCCCAUACCCCAGCCGAUGCUGGAAUUCUGUUGGAGUCGCAUGUAGAGUUGCCCUAGGUUUAGGGCUUCACGAAUCAGAUACGCUCGCUACAUUAACCCCUUUGGAAUCUGACAUCCGAUGGCGAACAUGGCAUGGAUGUGUGAUGAUGGACAUCACUCUGAGCAUGACAUACGGCAGGCCAAGCAUGACCACCCAUCUGGCCUCGCUCCCUCCACCGACCGACUUGGACAACUCCAGCGGUGAAGAACGAACCGGAGAGCCUAAAAUAAUGGAAUUCUACAGGGAGGCUAUUGAACUUUACGGUAUUCUAGACAGAAUCUUAGCAGAUGUCUACAACCCUUGCCGCGGUCGGUCACCUCAACAUCAAUCGCAGCAGGCAACAAAAGGUCUCGGGGGGCUAGACACCGUCCUCGACAUCGAGAGGCAACUUACCCUCUUCGAAGCCAAUCUUCCUUGUGUCCUGAAAUGGCCCGCUGGUCCAUCUGCAGCGCAUGCGGAUGGAGAGCCAAACCUGGCUAUCGCGCAACAGCGGAAUGUUCUACAUGCGAGAUACAUCCAUCUCCACCUUCUCCUCUACCGUCCUAUCUUCACACAGCUUUACUCGGAAAGAGUACGAACUCGAGAGGCAGCAACCGGGCCAGAGCUGCAAGAGAGCUGGAUAUUCUCUGUAACCUCGCAGAGUACAUUGUACUCCUCCAUGUCCAGCAAAUGCGCUACCUCCUGCGUGAUGGCUGCCAUUGAUCUCACCCACCUAGUCCACGAGACUUACCAGACCAACGCCGCUGAUGCAUGGUGGUACAAUGGAUUUUACGUAUCUACCGCUGCAAUAGUCCUACUCAUGUCAUUCUCAAUCCCAUCAAUAUUAGAGCCAUUUACUAUGGACAAAGCGCGAGAAGCCUGGAGAGAGGCAACGUCGGUUUUAGAGUUCAUGACUUCAUUUAGCCGCUCAGCCAGCAACACCCUGCAAUUUCUGCAGGCUGCGUACCGCCAGUCAGUGCCCGGCAGUCCGCAGCAGACAGUCCCAAGAGUCGAUGCUUUGCAGCUUCCUGGUGAAAACUCCCAGUCCAACGAUCCAUUCGACCACCCGGAUACAGACCCAGCCAAAACUCCGGUCUUCAACUGGGAAGAGUUCACUGCGAACAUGGGGCCCAGUCUGGACGACUUAGGGUUCUUGACAAGGCUUCACUUUCCUGACACUUGGAAUUCAGGGAGUACUUGUUAUGGCUUUGAUUAG